AUGAGUGUACCAUUCUUGAAAAAUUUUCUUGGCAUCCGAUGUACGGAUUACGAACUUCUCAGAGUGCCUUAUCCUCGGCUAGAGCUGACCGUUCAUGUGACGUUCAAAACGGUGGAAGCAGGUACUCUAAUUGGUUCACUGAUCUUCGGACCUGUCAAGGCGUUGGUCGAUGGCGAAUCGCCGUUACAGACGGCCCUGAUCUACGGUGCUAAGGGGGCAUUGGUUGGUCUGGCGAUAGGUCCGGUGUUGUCGGCAAUUCGCCUUAUGAAGCUUAAUAAGGUCCAGGUGUACGACCGGUGCUAUCGACUGCGUUUCAACCGUUCGAUGCUGAACCUUGAUCGAGCGGCGUUAUUCGGCGCUGUCGUCGGUGUCGGUGUAGGGGGUCCAGCGGGUUUCGUAAUCGGCGUGGAUCUGGCGAUGAUCAGCGGCAUGUUCUCCUAUUUCGCGUUCGCGAAGAAUAAAAAGAACCUGAUGACUGUUCUGUAG